CACACGGGGGGAGAACCACACACCGACCAAUUCAAAUUCCACUUCCUCCAUCCGAGGAGUGCAAAUCCUUUCAACCGAAAGACAGACAGGCAGACACUUAUACAAAGACGACACGACAAUUCCAGGAUGAUGUCUGACAGGACCAUCGACGAGGAGGUCCGCAUGGCCGAGACAAUGGCCCUUGCGGUGGCCUCCGCUCCCAACUUGCGUGCCGCAGCGGCAAAGAAGAUGGUGUCGAAAACCCAGAAACGGCUGAGCGCAUCGCUGAAUGGCAGCGGCAGCAGCCACAAGCGUUCCUCCCUUGCCCGCCAGCGCCGCAGCAGCGAGGCGACGGCGACGAAUGUCAAUGCCAGUGCCAGUGCCAAUGCGAACCAAUCCCAGGACCGAGAACUGAAUUUUUCCGAUCUAGAGGUCCAGCGUGCCCGUGAAAUGGCACUGGCGGUGGCAGCGCUGGGAACGGAAACCAAGAACGGACCCAUGAAAGCCGAGGACAUUCGCAUGGCCGUUGCGAACGUCUUGUCAGAUCCCAACGAACGACGAAGAAAAUCCAGAACGACCGGCAGCAUACGAACGCAGCAGUCACAACAACUGCAGAAACACGGGAUGAAACUCACACCGGGCAGGGAACCGCCAACAAAAGGCGGUGCUGCUGGUGGGGCGAUAAAGGAAACAACCACGAAAAGCGACAAUUCGCAAAUACGCACCAUGGUGGAGAAAAUGAUGAGGCCACCCUGGAUUUUGAGAAACCAGAGCUUGUUUGCAACGAUAGCCCUGGCCAACUUUUUGCUGCUCUAUGUCACCCUGUCCUCGGAGCCCUCCUAUACUAAAAUAAGCAACGCGGUAUUUAUAUUCAACACGGCGGUGUCGUUUUUCUGCGCCAUGGAAAAGAAAAAUCCCCAGAACCUGACGGCCAUCGAUUCCUCCAUGGUGAAGGACCGGACCAAUGCCGACACCGAUGGGGCCUGUGCCUCCGAUGACGAGGACAGCAACAACGCGCGGAUCCAGAAACGCGAGGAAGCCCUCGUCGACGAAAUGGAAAAGCGGCUCCGGCCCGAAACCAGCAUCACCCUUGAAUGGCUGCCCGACGUCCACUACAGCGAGGUUGACCUGCAGGCCCUCCUGGACCUCCAGCCGGAAUCUACACUGGCCGAGCGCCGCCGCUUUCUCAAGGCACGAAAGGGGGUCAUAAAGGCGGCAUCGGCCCAGCUUGGCUCCUACCUGCAGUGGCGCUCGGCCAACAAGAUCGACGAGUUUUUCCCCUCGACCUUUACAACGGACGACGAGGACUGGGCGCUGGCGGCCCGGGGGGCCAUGGAAAUCGCCAACAACACCAAGGGCCCGUCUCUCGCGGCCAACGGCCAGCGAUCGCUGCUCCCCCGGAUCGUCAGCGUCUUUGGCGGCGACGACGGUCUCGUCCUGUGCAAGAACGGGGCCCGCAUCGUCCACGUCCUGCCGUCGCAGCUCGACACGACCAUCGCCCCGUCGACCACCUACGCGCUGGCGCUGGCCAUGUACCUGGACCGGAAGCUCGACCGGAAGCACACCGAAAAGGUCACCGUCGUCAUCGACAUCCGGUCGGGAAAGGGGUGGCCCAACCCCUCCAGCGUCUCCCUCGUUCCCUUUAUCAAGCUGGUGGUGGGCUCGCUCAAUUCGUACUUUCCGGAGCGGCUGUCGAGGUGCAUACUGUUCCCGCUGCCGAUGACCGCGACGGUGCUCUUCAACAAGGCCAAGGGUAAGCGGGACUGGUUUCGUUUGGUCGCCAUUCGCUCGGGUUUGCUUGCGCGGACACUCCGUCGUCGAACGUCGUUUUCCACUACACAUGCCGUACACUGCUAACCUGUGUUUUUGUAUUUUUUGUUGCAUUCGUUUCCUUAACAAAACCAAAGCCUACCUGGAUCCGGAUACCGCCACCAAGAUCCAGGUCUGCUCGGGCGCAGGAUCUGUGAGUGCGAAGGUGCCCACAAAAGUGGGACAGUUCAUCGACGAAAAAUCGAUCGCUGCCAUGGAGGAGAGAAGACUAGCGAUGUUUCUCCCUUGACAAAGUUAUUCAACAAUGUAAAUGACAACCAUUGGAGACGCAAAAACAUCUGGAACGUGAAGAAAACGAACCGAACAAAAUGACUGCACAAUCCAACACGUCUUUCAAACUAAACAAAGCGAAACCGCCGACAAUACCGUUUCGUUUGAGCUCUCGCCAAACCAAAUAUACACCAAGUAUACAA